AUAGUAAAUUUAGGAAUUAAUAAAAAAUAAAAGUAUUAACAAAUUUUAUAAAAAAAGUGAAUAAUAAUAAAUGACCAUCAAAGGUAGAAUAGUGGGCAGCUGUAAAUCACAGUAUAGUUCUGACCAUCCCAGAAACAUGGCCUCGUUCAAAUUGGCGCCCAAAAUAUUCACGUGCUCUGCUGCGCCGGACUCAGAGACGGACUUCCUUCCUUUUGGGUAUUCAUAUUUCAGAAUGACCAAGAGAAAGAUCGGUAACACUACUACCAUCAUUGAUCUCGACCCUCCGAUUUCAGAGAUCUCAAAUCUUUGCACAUAUUCUCGAAGAAAGAAGAUUACUAAUCAAGAUCAUGAAGAGAAAUUCCCAUGGUUUUUAAACGUUCCUCGCGGAAAGCGAUCAAAGUGGAAAAUUAGCCCCAAGAAUGCAGAUCAUGAUGCAGAUGCAGUCUCUAAACACGAGACGAAACAAGACUCUCGAGCUUUAAUUAGCCGCAAGAAUGCAGAAGAUGGUGCAGAUGCACUUUCUAAACAAGAUAAGAAACCAAACUCUCGAGCUUUAAUUAGCCACAAGAAUGCAGUAGAUGGUGCAAAUGCAGUUUCUAAACAAGAUAAGAAACUAGACUCUCAAGCUUUAGUUAGCCACAAGAAUGCAGAUUAUGAUGCAGAUGCAGUCUCUAAACAAGAUAAGAAACUAUCCUCUCGAGCUUUAGUUCGCCACAAGGAUGCUGACAAUGCAGAUGAAGUAUCUAAAAGAACUAGCAAACUAGACUCUGGAAUUUUUGAGUGUUACUUGGAGAAUUUGUGGAGGAGCUUCCCGGAGGAUCAGAGGACUUCCUGUACAUACUUUGAUUGUUUAUGGUUUACCUUGUACAAGAAAGUACCUCAGAGAUCUAAGCUGCUGUCAUGGAUUAAGAAGAAGCGUAUUUUUUCAAAAAAAUAUGUUUUUGUUCCAAUAGUUUGCUGGAGUCACUGGAGCCUACUAAUCUUGUGUCACUUUGGUGAAAGUUUGCAAUCAGAAUCCAGAACAACAUGCAUGUUGUUGCUGGAUUCUCUUGAAGGUGCAGAUCCUAGGCGGCUUGAACCGGACAUAAGAAAAUUUAUAUUCGACAUUUAUAAAGCAGAAGGCAGGCCUGAAAGCAAAGAUCAAAUUAGAAAAAUUCCUCUCUUGGUGCCGAAGGUACCGCAGCAGAGAGAUGGAGAGGAAUGUGGUAGUUUUGUCCUCUACUUCAUUAGUUUAUUCAUGGAAGGUGCUCCAGAGGAUUUUAGUAUGAAGGGCUACCCUUAUUUUAUGAAACAAAGUUGGUUUACUCGGGAAGGUUUGGAAUGCUUCCUUAAGAGGCUUGAUUCUUUUCCCAAGUGACCUACAUAAACGAAGUGACCUCCAUAUAAACGAAGUGUUUGUAGACAGUCCAAGCCCCCCACAAAAAAAAAAAAAAAAAAAAAAAGAAAAAAAAAAAGAAA